AUGGACGGAUCCGCGCUCUGCAACGGCUUCCGCAAGAAACGGCGAUCCAGAUCGCAGCGCGAUCGGGAAAGGCGAUCCAAACGCGGAUUACAAGGUGGCCCCGGCGGGGAUUUGGGGGCAAGCGCUCCCGGAGAGCCGCGGAGGACCAGAGCGGCUUCCAUCCUUUCUUCCUCCGGCUCGGAUCUUGAAAACAAUGGCAAGCCGCCGUCCCGACCGAAGCCCCCACGGAGGAAGCGGAGGGAGUCUUCUUCUCCAGAAGAAGAUAUCGUGGACGGGUUCGCCCUGGCCAGCUUUGUCACACUGGAAGCCUUAGAGAAGGAUGUAGCAGUGAAGCCACCUGACCUUGCGAACAAGCAUCAAGAUCCCUUAGCAAAGAAGAAACGGGAAGUACUUGCUAAUGGGUUGCCCUACCACCUAAAAAAGAGUCGGUUGCACUACCACCACUACCACCAUCACCAUCACCACUACAGUUCAGAUCGGGAGAAUGACCUCAGCCUUUGUCAACAUCUCAGGAAAGGGAAGAAGUUCUUGAAAGGGCUCAGACAGCUUAAUCCAGGCCAAAACAGCUGCCGAGACAGUGACAGUGAAAGUGCGAGUGGAGAAUCUAAAGGAUUCCAUCGGAGCAGCUCUCGAGAGAGACUCAGCGACCCACAACUGCUAGAUAGUGUGAAAAUGAUAGGUGUAACAGUUGAUGGCAGAACUGAAGAAUUAAUGGAGCUGGAGGUGAAAGCACACUUCCCCCUCCCUUCUGACCAGCUACGGGAAAUAUGGAGGGAGCUACAGAUGCACCCUGUGGGUUUCUGCUUAUCAAAUCCUGAGGAGCAUUGGUAG